AAUCAAGAUGCAAACCAUUCAGACGAUAGAGAUGCAGUUACCUGUCCUGCGAGAGAGUUUUCACUCCUCUCCCUUCAGAGAGAGAGCGAAAGAACGGAGGAAGAGCAGCCUGACAAAUCUCAUCAGAAGACAACAGCAACAGUUAUUACUCCAGCAACAACAAUCAGAAUUACAUCAGAAGCAACAGCUGUUCUCAUCCUCACAGGGCCACACUGCACAUGCUCAGUUGGUCCGCUCUUCCAGCAGCCCGUUAUGUGACUUGGCAGAGCAAAUAGAUGAGCAAGAGAAAGUGAAAGAGAUUGGGAGGCAGGGGGAGCUGUCUCUCAGACAGUCCUCGGCCACGGCGUCACAGGCUGCAUCAUCACAGCAGCUGCUGCCGAUGGUGAAGAGAGAGAGAGAGGGAUUAGAGAGGGAGGGGGAGAAAGUGCAAGGGAGCUCGGAGAGGGAAAGAGGAGAGAAGAGAGAGCAGCACAGAGAACGAGAAAGUCAGUCCAAUUACACACGUUCUCAGCAUGGCCUGAUCGCUAAAGGUGUUCGCCUUCUGAGGAACAUGGGAAACCAGGAGGCCAAGCAGAAGAAGUCCACUGUCACAUCAGGAGUGGAAGGUGCUGGGAAUAGUGCGAGCAUCGAGGACCAUGACCAUGAACAUCUCAAGAAGAUUAAGAAAAGUAAAUUGUCUGGUGACUCGGGCAAGAAGAAAUCCAAAUCGGAGGGUUCCAAAGGUUCUGUAUUUUCCAACAUUCGUAUCAGAAAGGGCCUCUCCCGGAAAGGGUUGUCCAAAGAGGAUGUACUGGACGAUGGGAUUAGGAUUAAGAGCAUGGAUGCUAACGGCAGCAGUAAUGGUGGAAUAUCGGGUGAUGAGCUGGAGGGUCUCACUCCUGACAGUAAGCAUCUCACAGCCGAAAGCAGGCAGUCGACCCUGGACACAACAGAAGAUGAUGCUGAGAGAGAGACUGAUGGAUCAGGGUCAGAUACAGACCUCUGCAGCUACCACUCAGCCACCGAGGCUCAAGAUCUGCUGUCGGAUAUCCAGAGGACUAUCAGACAACAGCAGCAAAUGGAGGGAGUUGCUGAGGGGCAAAACUGUACUAGACGAAUAGGGUCUGAAAGCCAGACUGAGGUCACUCAGGGUCUUACUUUUAGUGGCCUUGCUUGUAUGGGCGAACCAGAGAAGACAGAAGCUGUAUCUACAGCUGACAGCAAUAAACAAGAUCUUAAAUAUAGAGAGGAUACAGAAAUGGUGAUUACAACACCACUAAAGGCAGAAUCAGGUGACGAAGUUAUUGAUGAUGCAAAUAAAACUGAACGUUUGGCCAUUGACUGUUGCAUUCAGGAUAGCAUCACUGACACAAGUAGUGUCCAGGAUACCAUAGCUGUUUCCAAAUCAACCAGUAACUACAGUUUUCAGGAUACUACAGCAACAUCCACCUCCUAUGAGAGUGCAGAGGAGAUCCUGGAGAGUUCAUCUCUGUCAUCUCCACUUGAAGAGUGUCAUUUUGGUAGCAAUAGCCUCACUCAAAGCCUAGAAAUCGGUCUCAAUUCAAGAAAUCAGACCAACUCUAUGUCCAAAAUCAGCCGGGUCAUUUUCGUCCCACAGAAGAGCAUUAGUAGUGUAGAGCUGAACGUAGAGGGUGAUGGUCAUGUAGAGGAGAUAGAUAGAGAGUAUUUCCACCAACAGAGAAGGAAAAGCAGUGCAGCGUCCAUCACACAGUGGUCAUCUGAGAACUUUUUAGGCUUGGGGUCACGACCACGUAGAACUUCCAGCACUAACCUCGGAGUUAAACCUUAUCCUACAGUACACACUUCAUACGUUAAAACAACCACCAGACAGCUUACUUCACCCAUAAUAUCUCCAUUGACAACUCCUUCACCAAGCCCUAUGUGUCCUCGAAGGGUCGGCUUAGAGUUGGGUUUAGGUCAAGGGUCAUACAGAGCAGGAAGCUGGAGAGCACGGAGACAACGGUCCUGUAGCAUUGCAGGUCCAGUGGGUUGUCAUGAAGAAUGGUGUGAAGCCAUACAUGAUCAAUCAGAGCUUAUUGAUCACGGCUUCCAAAACCUCAGAUCCAGGCAAAUGCCAUCCACCUUUCCAGAUGUGUUUUCAGGUCUCUCUCUGUUCGAGAGGUGUCUUGUACAGUGGAAAUGUUCUGAAGAUGACAGUGCUUUACAGGAUGUUGAGAGAUUCUGUUCCCAUAUUCUGGCUUUGGGGAUUCUACAGCCUUUCAGUGACUGCAUCAAGGAACCACCCUCAGGAAGUGAUGUUACAGAUAAGCCCAUUUUUAAUAAGGAGCAGCUGUAUACCUGGGCUCCACUGGGACAGAAUGAGAUCAGAACACCUGGGAGGCUCCAAACAAUGUGGCCUCCGAGUCCGUCCCCCACUGCUGCACAGGAUAGAUCCACGGGGCAAUCUGGAACCGUUCCGGAAGGAACUUCCGUUUCCAUUCAGGAGCUAGAGCGAACAAUUGAAGAAUUACUUGUGAAAAUAUCAGAUAUGGAAAAAGACAAUAAUGUUUUGGAUGGCACAAAGCUUGGAACAAGGGAUCGAGAAGUGGGUGGUUUAAAUCAAACCAUUAAACAGACUAAAGGAAAUGAACAGCGAGUUCAUUCAGCCAUUCAGACCUCACCUGUGGAGGAAGCCUUUAAAUUUCUAGUGCCUUUUUCAGACCACUCACAUGCUCCCAAAUUAAACGACACCGCCACUUCACCAGUAGGAUUGCCCAAUGCCUGUAGCUGCCAAAGAACACUGGAAAUCCCUCCCCCUGAACCACCACUACUUCCCGUUGUUUCAGGUAUGCCUCCACCGCCACCUCCACCUCCACUUUCAUGUAUGGCUCUGCCUCCUCCACCACCUCCGCUCCCAGGCAUGGUUCCACCGCUUGCACCUGUGGGCGCGGCUCCACCUCCUCCUCCUCCACUCCCAGGCAUGGUUCCACCCCCUCCACCUCCACUCCCAGGCACGGCCCCACCCCUUCCUCCUCCUCCACUCCCAGGCACGGCCCCACCCUUUCCUCCUCCUCCUCCUCCACCUCCGGGCUGUGGACCCCCACCACCCCCUCCUCCACCUGGUUUUGGGCCACCACCACCCUUCGGUCCCCCUCCACCCUUCGUGGGGCUGAUGCCAUGUAGCAUGACUCAGGAGUCUGUCCCCCUGAAGGCUGUCAUCGAGCCUCCUCGGCCCAUGAAACCACUCUACUGGACACGGAUUCAGCUACAGGCCAAAAAGGAUGCCAAAAGUGCCCUGGUGUGGGAAAAGGUUCAAGAGCCAUCAGUAGACUUUGACGAAUUUGUGGAGCUGUUUGCCAAAAGUGCAGUCAAGGAAAAGAAGAAACCCAUCUCAGAUACCAUAACAAAAUCAAAGGCCAAACAGGUUGUCAAGCUGCUGAGUAACAAACGUUCUCAAGCGGUGGGGAUUCUGAUGUCCAGUCUUCAUUUAGAUAUGAAAGAUAUUCAGAAUGCCAUCUUGAACAUGGACUGCACCGUGGUGGACCUGGAGACGCUCCAGGCGCUGUAUGAAAACAGAGCUCAGAAAGAAGAGAUGGAUCAGAUUGGGAAACAUAUGAAGUCUUCAAAAGAUAAAGAAAAUGCGAAACCACUGGACAAGCCUGAACAGUUUCUGCUGCAGUUGUCAGAGGUUCCUCAAUUCUCAGAGCGGGUUUUCUGUAUUCUCUUCCAGUCCACCUUCACAGAAUGUAUUACAUCAGUUCAGCGCAAGCUUGAAACACUGCUGAGAGUCUGCACGGCUCUCCAAUCAAGUCAAGCCGUUCUGCAGGUUCUAGGUUUGGUUCUAGCAUUUGGGAACAUUAUGAACGGGGGCAACCGGAGCAGAGGACAGGCAGACGGAUUUUCCCUAGACAUCCUACCCAAGUUAAAAGAUGUCAAGAGCAGUGAUAACUCUCAGAGCCUCCUGUCCUACAUAGUUGCUUACUAUCUGCGACACUUUGAUGAGGAUGCAGGUAAGGAAACAUGCGUGUACCCGCUUCCAGAGCCUCCGGAUCUUUUUCAUUCGUCGCAGAUGAAGUUUGAGGAUUUUCAACGUGACCUGCGCAAGCUACGGAAAGAUCUGAAUGCCUGUUCAACAGAAAAAGAAAAGGUGUGCAAUAUCUCAUCUGAGGAGCACCUGCAGCCCUUUAAGGACAAAAUGGAAGAAUUUCUCACUAGAGCCAAAGCAGAGCUGGAGCUCCAGGAAAAACAGCUCGCUGACACGCAGAGGAUUUUUCUGGAGCUGUGCGUGUUUUUCUCAGUCAAGCCUAAGGCGGGAGAGAAGGAGGUUUCACCAAACACAUUCUUCACAGUGUGGCACGAGUUUUCGUCAGAUUUUAAGGAGCUCUGGAAGAGAGAGAAUAAAUGCCUGCUGCAGGAGCGGUUGAAAGCUGCAGAAGAGACUUUCAGACAAGCACGAGAGAAGGCUAACUACAACGUAAAGCCUAAACAUGCAUCAGGAAUAAAAGCCAAGCUGGGACAGAAGAUGUAAAUUUCUACAACAACAAAACUCCUUUUAGCCCAGAUCUUUUUUUUACUUGACAGUUACUUCAAUAUAAGAAUAAUAGCCAUGAGAGGGUUUGCAUGAUCUUAGUAUAUGAACGUGAUCAGAAUUGUGUCGUUUCUGUAGUUUCAUAUAAAGACAAUCAAAGAUAAAAGUGCCCAAAGUAUGAUAAUUCACAAGUAAAUUUUACGUUUUUACCAUCUAAAAAAGAAUUUAAAAAACCCUCAUUAUUCAUUCAUAGCUGUAGCACAACUAUUUUCACUGUCUGCUUAAAACAUCUCUCUUUUACAUCUCUUUAAAGCGUAAUGUUUCAAAAAGCUCAGUCUGAUCUGAUUGGUCUGCUGUUCAACCUCUUACAGCAUGUCAGAAAUGUAACUUUACAGUUUUCAGUUUCAACUAUGGCAUCGUUGUUGGAAGUCCUAAUUGUUCUUUGAGGGUGGGCCAAAGCAAGCCAGUAUGUGUGUGUUAUGCUAAUAUAUAUCAUGGUGACAUAGAAGUCAUGAAAUAAUGGCAGGACAACAAACGAGGCGUUUCAGGCAAGUGUUUCCUAUUAGAGAGAUUAACUCCCUUUGGCAUGGGCUUUGUGCUUUGUAAUUUUGCAGAUUGUUUACAUGCGCAAACAGCUAUGUUACGCAGUAAAGGAAAGGUUAAAUAAAAAAGCAUAAUGCCAUAGGUGCACUUUAAAGCCAUACAUUGAAACAAUUUUAAAAAAGCAUGCUGAAUAUUUAGUAUAAAUUGAAUAGUAUACAGUAAAUGUGCACAUUUAUUUUCAUAUCGUCUGUCAAGAAAUCAAAGAAAAAUCUAUUGUAACCUGUGUGUUUAAUUAGCAUAAAACAGCACUCUUAUUUGUAGGUGAAAGUCACAUUUAAUGAACUAGAGCAAAUUAAUGGUGGUUUCAUACAGUUUGGCUAAUUAAACAAUAUACUUUUAAAUAACGUUUAUUUUUGAUGAACUAGCAAUGAAAUUUAAGAAAAAUGAUUAACUGAACAAAAAUAUUGCAAUCUUGGAUAUAAUACCUGAUCUGUGACCUGUGUAAAGUCCAAAAAAUGUGUUAUUUUUUAAAAUAGUAAAUUUGAUCAUAUUCUGCGUCCACAGUUUCCUCUACAGGUGUUUAUAUACUUUAGCCUAUGAAAUUGACACAGAAUUGAGUGAUAUGUUGUGGGUUUCUCUGUUCCAACUGAACUGUGAGAUGUGUAAUGAACGGUUGUUGAGAAACAUAUGGAAAUAUUAUGAUUUAUGACUUAUUCUUUAUUUUGUGUGUACAGCUGCUAUCAGUAGUUCAAUAACCUUUAAUUUAAAAUACUUAAAUAUUUUCAAUUAAAGAAGCUGACAGCUUUAUAGCUC